AUGUCCAAGAAAACAACAGGAGACGAUAUAUGGAAAAACAGUGUUGACAAAAUUAAUUCUGAAUUAUUCACAUUAACGUAUGGAUCAGUGGUGGCACAACUAUGCCGUGAUUUUCAAAAUAAUUAUCUUGAAGUUAAUAACCAAUUGGAUAAGAUGGGAUAUAACAUAGGAUUAAGAUUGAUUGAAGAAUUUCUAGCCAAGACAGGUAUUAGACGAUGUCAAACAUUCAAAGAAACCGCAGAAGUUGUAUCUAAAUUGGGAUUCAGAAUAUUCUUGAAUAUACAACCUACGGUGGAAAAUUGGUCAAACGAUGGCAAAUCAUGUUCUUUAGUUAUUCCUGAACCCAAUCCAUUAACUGAAUUUGUUGAAUUACCUAUUACCACUGAUAGCAAGAUAGCCAAAGAAUUAUGGUACUCGCAAAUAUUAUGUGGAGUGUUACGAGGAGCUUUACAAAUGGUACAAUUAGAUUGUGAUGUCAACUUUGUUAAGGAUGUAUUGAGGGGAGAUGAUAGAACUGAAAUUAGGUUGAAAUUGAAUAGGAUAUUAAAAGACGAGGUGCCUGCUGGUGAGGAUUAA